AUGACCACUGAAGUAGGCUCCACUUCUGAAGUGAAGAAAGAACCUGAACAAUUAGGAGCAGACACAGAUACAACCAAGGAGAAAACGAAAGAAGUAGCAGAAAAUCAGCAGAAUCAGUCCUCCGAUCCAGAGGAGGAAAAAGGUUCCCAGUCAUCUCCUACAGCUGAAAGCCAAAGUAGUCCACACCGCCAGAAGAGAGAGAAGGAUCCAUCGGAGAGCAGGGGAAUUUCUCGAUUCAUACCCCCAUGGCUUAAGAAACAAAAGUCCUAUACCUUAGUAGUGGCCAAAGAUGGAGGAGAUAAAAAAGAGCCUACCCAAGCUGUUGCUGAGGAGAUUUUAGAUAAAGAAGAAUCUCUUCCUGAAGGAGAGAGGCAGGCCAAGGGUGAUGCCGAAGAAACCGCUCAGAGGAAACAACAGGAGAUUAAAGUUGAUGUCAAGGAAGAGAAACCAGUGAGCGGUCCUGCGGCACAGGUAUGUUUGAGAAGUGUUUGGGAAUUAAAGCCUGCUGAUGAAGUAAGUAAGGAGAGAGAAGAGAAGGCUAAAGAAAUACAGGAAGACAAAUCAGAAGAAGCAAAAAGGGAGACCAAGGAAGUGCAGACCAAUGAGCUAAAGUCAGAGAAGGCUUCUCAGAAAGCCACCAAGAAGACCAAAACUGUCCAGUGUAAAGUGACCCUCCUAGAUGGCACUGAGUACAGCUGUGACCUGGAGAAAUGUGCGAAGGGACAAGUGUUAUUUGACAAAGUGUGCGAACAUCUCAAUCUCUUGGAAAAGGACUAUUUUGGACUUUUAUUUCAGGAAAGCCCUGAGCAGAAAAACUGGCUAGAUCCUGCAAAAGAAAUAAAGAGACAGCUACGAAAUCCUCCUUGGCUGUUCACCUUUAAUGUGAAGUUUUAUCCUCCUGAUCCUUCUCAGUUGACUGAAGAUAUCACCAGAUACUUCUUGUGCCUUCAGCUCCGGCAGGACAUUGCCUCCGGCCGCCUGCCCUGCUCAUUUGUGACUCAUGCCCUCCUGGGAUCCUACACGCUGCAGGCUGAACUUGGGGACUAUGAUCCAGAAGAACAUGGCAGCAGUGACCUCAGUGACUUCCAGUUUGCCCCCACACAGAUGAAGGAGCUGGAAGAGAAGGUGGCAGAGCUGCAUAAAACCCACAGGGGCUUAUCUCCAGCACAAGCUGAUUCUCAGUUCUUAGAAAAUGCAAAGAGGCUCUCCAUGUAUGGCGUUGACCUACAUCAUGCCAAGGACUCGGAAGGCGUGGACAUCAAGCUGGGUGUGUGCGCUAACGGGCUUCUCAUUUACAAAGACAGACUGAGAAUCAAUCGUUUUGCUUGGCCGAAAAUCUUGAAAAUUUCCUAUAAGCGCAGUAACUUCUACAUUAAAGUUAGGCCAGCAGAGCUCGAACAAUUUGAGAGCACCAUUGGAUUCAAACUGCCAAACCAUCGGGCAGCAAAAAGGCUAUGGAAAGUGUGCGUGGAACAUCAUACUUUCUACAGGCUUGUGUCUCCAGAGCAGCCACCAAAGGCCAAGUUCCUGACCCUGGGGUCCAAAUUCCGCUACAGCGGCCGCACCCAAGCCCAGACCCGCCAGGCAAGCACCCUCAUUGACAGGCCAGCGCCACACUUUGAGCGUACCUCUAGCAAACGGGUCUCCAGGAGUCUAGAUGGAGCUCCAGUUGGUGUUGUUGAUGAAAGUCUUAUGAAGGAUUUUCCUGGCCCUGCUGGGGAGGUUUCAGCAUAUGGCCCCGGAGCUGUCAGCACCGCCAUGGUACAGGAUGGGGAUGGCAGAAGGGACCUCAGGAGCCCGACUAAAGUCCCACAUGUGCAAUUCGUUGAAGGAAAGAAGAAUUCCUUGAGAGUAGAAGGGGAUAAUAUUUAUGUCAGACAUAGCAAUUUAAUGUUGGAGGACCUCGAUAAGGCCCAGGAGGACAUACUGAGACAUCAGGCUAGCAUUAGUGAACUCAAGCGCAAUUUUAUGGAAUCCACACCUGAGCCGCGCCCUAAUGAAUGGGAAAAACGACGUAUCACACCUCUGUCCCUACAGACACAAGGGAGCAAAGGAGACCAUCUUUUCAAGGAUAUUUUAUCCGUGAAGGAGAAGCAUCAGAGAGCGGCAACACGGACAGUUGAAGAAAAAGUCCAGGAGGCAGACAAGAAACGCGCUCCCGAGUCAGAAGGGCCUUGCACUGGAGCCAGUGAUGCUGCUAAGAGUUCACAUGAGACUCUGAAUGUAGUGGAGGAGAAGCAGCAGGCAGAGGUUGGGAAAGACGAAAGAGUAAUCACAGAAGAAAUGAACGGUAAAGAGCUAUCACCUGGGAGUGGUCCUGGGGAGACCCGUAAGGUGGAGCCUCUGACGCAGAAAGACUCCACCUCCCUGUCUUCUGAGAGCAGCAGCGGCAGCGAGAGCGAGGAGGAGGAAGACGUGGGCGAGUACCGGCCCCACCACCGUGUGACCCAGGGCACCAUAAGGGAAGAGCAGGAGGAGUAUGACGAAGAGGUGGAGGAAGAAGCCGGCCGAGCAGCCAAGGUAGUAGAGAGGGAGGAAGCAGUGCCAGAAGCCAGCCCAGGCAGACAAGCAGGUGCCAGUGUAAGCGCAGUAGAAACAGUGAUCCGGGAGAAGGUAGUGGCCCCAAAGCUAUCUGCAGAGAAGAGUGUAAACGAAGGCGCUAUUAAGCAAGACAUGAGCGAAGAAACAGAGGACGAGCAGCAUAAAGUUAACGGAGAGGUGUCUCAUGUUGACAUUGAUGUGUUGCCACAAAUUAUUUGUUGUUCCGAGCCACCAGUGGUAAAAACAGAGAUGGUAACAAUUUCUGAUGCCUCACAAAGGACAGAAAUCUCCACCAAGGAAGUCCCUAUUGUCCAAACUGAGACCAAAACCAUCACAUAUGAGUCUCCACAGAUUGAUGGCGGUGCUGGUGGUGACUCGGGGACGUUACUGACGGCACAGACCAUCACAUCUGAGUCCGUGUCGACGACGACGACAACACACAUCACCAAGACUGUGAAAGGUGGAAUAUCUGAAACAAGAAUUGAGAAACGCAUCGUGAUCACAGGAGAUGCGGACAUCGAUCAUGACCAGGCGCUGGCACAGGCCAUCAGGGAAGCCAGAGAGCAGCACCCCGACAUGUCGGUCACAAGAGUGGUGGUGCACAAAGAGACUGAGUUGGAGGAAGGGGAAGAGUAAGUAAGAAAUGCAUUUUUUUAAACAACAUUCAACUUUGUGAACCUGAAGAAUUUUGACCAUUCCAAGUCUUAAUGCCACACCACUACUC